AUGGGUAUCGUCGUGGAUGAAGUUCACCUGACGUACAAAUGGGGUCAGGCUGCAAAAGGGCAGACGCCAUUUCGCGAGAGCUUUGCCAAGUUAGGAGAACUUAGAUCCCUAGUUAAAGCUGGUACACCUGUGCUGGCAUUGACUGCAUCUGCUGAUCGGGAAUCCAGAGCCAGGGUUAUGAAACAGCUUCAGAUGGACAAUCCAAUCAUUUUGGCUCUGAGCCCAAACAGAAAAAACAUCAGACUCGGUUUGAUUAAAGUACCUGCCCAUAAACUGGACUGCCUACACUGGAUUGUGAGCGAUGUUAAAGAAAAAAGUAUCUCAAUGUUGCCAGUAAUUAUCUACUGCAAAACUGUGAAGGCUGUUGGCAGAGUUUUCUGCCAUUUGAAGGGGGAACUCGGUGAAGAUUCCUGGGUUGAGCGAGACCCUGAGAAAAAGACUGAAAACCUGCUUAUAGGCAUGUUCCACAGCCAGACACUCCCUCAGAAUAAGAGCAGAGUGCUGUCAUCUCUGAGUGGACAGGGUAGCUGCCGUGUUGUAGUGGCAACAACAGCUCUUGGGAUGGGCUUAAAUUUUCCCAACAUGUCACACAUUGUGAUGUAUGGGUUACCAGAUGAUGUAGAAGCCAUGGUUCAGCAGGUUGGGAGGGCAGGCAGAGAUGGGUUGCAGGCACAUGCAAUUGUUUAUGCUGUAAAACAGCAUACAAAGCUUGACCCAGCAGUUAAGACGGUACUUGAGACUGGAGUCACUGGUUGUCUCCGGAAAGCUUUGUACUGCCAUUUCGAGGAACACACCACAUCUGUUGAUCCAGGACAUCUUUGCUGCACCCACUGCCAUUCUGUUUGUUCUUGUGAAAGAGAAGGUUGUGGGGAGCCAAUUCCCAAAUAUGAACACUUUCAAGCGGAGGUUUCAUCACCUGACAAACACAGAAUGGUCACACCCGAGCACAAACUUUUGAUCAGGGACCUGUUACAAACUUACAGGAGUAGUUUACUUCAGGACCAUACAAACAUACGACUUUAUACAGUCGACACAGCCUGCACUGGUUUUGGAGAAGAACUCAUUGAUGCGGUUUUAGAACAGUGCACACAGAUAUUUGAUCUGGACUUCAUUAUCCAUAAUCUCCCUAUAUUCAAACUGGAACAUGCAAAAGAAAUACUAAGAAUUAUGCAUGAGGUUUUUGAUGACGUCGAACAGAGCCAAAUUCAGAGUCAUAAUUUGUUUGAUGGCAGUGUUGUUCAGGAUGACCGUGUUCAGGUUGACAUUGACUACAUUGGUUACUUUGAUGAAGAGGAUGAGGAUGACGAGAUACAAUCAUCACAAAGUAGCUUGGAAUCAGGCUUGUCAAUGUUAAAAAUCUCAGACUAGCUUCAAAUUCAGGCUCAAACUUCUAGCUUGAUUGUCCUGUUGUUG